UCACAGUCGACCGACUAAUGUACAUUUGUAUGUAUGCCAUACAAUAGUUAGUAGCAUUCUGUUUACGCUCGCGUGCUCAGCGUUCGUCCAUUUGGCCGUGAAUCAGUUUUGAGAUCGCAUUUUCGAAGAUCAAACGUGCAGAUCGGCGGGUGAUUUUUAAACGAAAAAUUAUUGGAAAAAUAUUUUUUUCCCGUUUACUGUGCGGCGUUGUGGGAAAAUAUUCGAUGCCUAAACGUUAACAAAUAAUUAUACAAAAAAACAAUAACAAUAAAUAAUGCUAUAAGCAACAACAGCAAACAGUGAUAAUGUGCCUUAAAAAUUAGUAGAAAAAUAGAAAACGUUUAGUUAUCAAACCAAUUUAACUUAAACCAACAAAAAAGUGCCACGCCUACAACUUGAAAUACUCAAAACAACGACGACGCUUAAUAAAAACUGCAACACGCCACACGCCUACACUACGUGACGCAACAACACAACUAGCAGCUAAAUUAAUAAUAAUAAAAAUUGUACAAUAACAACUGCGUUGCCUCAUAAUGAGUAGCCAACCGGCCAGCCAGCCCGACAGCAUCGACUUAGCCUAUGACAUGUGGGCUGGCCAAUUCGAAUUUGUCGGACCCGCCGCGAAUGUCACGAACAGCAGCUACACUAGCAGCAGCAACAGCAACAGCACCACCAGCAGCACAAUAACACUCAACAACAAUAGCAAUAACAACAACAACAUACGCUUCGGUAGUGACAAGCACAAAGCCAGCCAUAGCGGUUCAACUGAGAGCUUAGAAGAUUUGAAUCUCAACUUCGACACCACAUCCACGCAGGCGACGCUCAACAGCAACGCCUAUACGCUGGGCUGUAAUCAAUAUCAAUAUAAUUUUGGCAAGCAACCGAUACUGAUAGAUCAGGAGCAGUUUCUCAGCUUGAAUCCGGCUGAUUUUGAGGAUAUUGUGCCAUCGGGCCCCAAUUCGUUGGUGUUCAUUGAGAAUAAAUUGAGUGACGAUAAUUGUGAGAGUGAACAACAAGUCAACAACAGUAAUAAUAAUAAUAAUAACAAUAAUAAUAGUAAAUUGGUGAAUUUGGAAACUUUAACGAGUAAAUUUAAUUCGAACAAAACGAAUAAUACAAAUACAAACGGUUUUAAAUUGGAAAAUUUGAAGAAUUUCAAAAAUAAAUUACUUUGUGAUUUUGAAGACAAAGCGUCGUUGGUGAACGGUGGCGCAGUUGUGGGCGGUGUGAAUAACGGUAGUGCUGUAGAUGUUGGUGAUAUGCAAUCGCAUCAUUGCUGCAACAACAAAAUGAGUGGGCUGAGCGCCGAAAUGUGCGAUAAUCUUAAUGAACAAUUGGAACUGCUGCAACGUCAAGUGACCGACUUGGCUGACACACAAAAUAUCGCUGAGGAUCGCACGACGCGCACAAAGACCGAAUAUGCUGUGCUGCAGACACGCUAUCAUAUGCUCGAGGAGCAAUAUCGGGAGUCCGAGUUGCGCGCCGAAGAGCGUCUGGCCGAAGAACAGAAACGUUACCGUGAACUACUGGCACGCGUCGAACGCGAAGCGGCGCUCCAAAAUGAAAAUUGCCAAAUCAAGAUCAAAACUAUAGAAUUGGAAGCGAACACAUUACGCGAAGAGGCACAACGCCUGCGCGUGCUCUGUGACAAACAAGCUAAUGACUUGCAUCGCACGGAGGAGAAAUAUGAAUUGGCGCGCGAUCAAAUUGCGGCACUGCAACAGGAUCUCGAUGAGACGGUGCAGCGCGAACGCAAAUACGAAGACGAUAAGAAGGCGUCCGAGGAGCUAAUGCUGGAGUUGAGCAAAGAAUUGGAACGGCUGCGCGCCGAAACGGGGCCAGCGCUGCCAACCACCUCGCCGGAGACAAUAAGACUGGAAGAGCUGCAUCAGGAACUGGAGGAGAUGCGGCAAAAGAACAAAGCUUUGGAGGAGCAAAAUGAAGAGCUGCAGGCGCAAGUGCUCACGCGCGGCGUGGAAGAGGGCCGCAAUCUGCUGAACGGCACGCUGAAUAGCUUAGCGCAAGAGCUGGAGGAAAUGUCACAAGCACAGGAUUCUGUGGAUUCAGCCACAUUAGCAUCUCUAAGUCAGUUGCAACAAGCCUUUCAAGAGAAGGAAGACGAGAAUACCCGCCUGAAGCAUUAUAUCGAUACGAUACUAUUGAACAUCGUAGAGAAUUAUCCGCAGCUAUUGGAAGUCAAGCCGAUUGCGAAAUAA